GACUACGUGAGGGAACUAAGCAUUAGUGUGAAUUAUACGAUGUACAGCCACUGUACACCACGGAAUAAAUAUUUUUUGUGUAAAUUGUUGCUUUGGGGGAUACUAGCAAAAACAAUAAAUUAAUUUUGGUUAUGCAGCACCACUGAGCCAAUUAACACUUUAGUGUGCUGAGUUGUGUCAUGAGUGCCUCAAUAUAAACACACAAGUAUGUACCAGUAAGGUUAGGCAGGUUUUGUUUUGUUAGGUUACAUUAGGUUAGGUGGGUUUUGUUAGGUUACAUUAGGUUAGGCAGGUUUUAUUUUGUUAGGCUACAUUAGGUUAGGUGGGUUUUGUUAGGUUACAUUAGGUUAGGCAGGUUUUAUUUUGUUAGGUUGCAUUAGGUUAGGUGGGCUUUGUUAGGUUACAUUAGGUUAGGUGGGUUUUGUUAGGUUACAUAGGUUAGGUGGGCUUUGUUAGGUUACAUAGGUUAGGUGGGUUUUGUUUGGUUUGGUUACAUAUUUUACCCCUUGCACAACAAAAUAACAUUGCAACUGCAAAUCUUAGUAAAUAUUGCAUAGUUCAAACUAUAAUUAAUGGCCAUUAUGUGCCAAGGAAAGUCGUGUACUAUUAGCGCUUGAGGAUUUUCUCUUCUGCUUUUCACCCUUCCAGGUGGGGGUGCCCUGAUGUUGGGGAAGGGUUCUUGAUCCAGUGAAUUAAAGCUACCCUCUCCUAACAUGGAUCAAACCUGAUUGCCUCAUAUUCCUCAAGAGAUGUUACCCCUAUGAGUUUUGCUCUUCCCAUAAUAAUACAGGAGGGUCCUGCUCUACAGAGCUUCACUUUACAACAUUUUGCUAAUGCAGCAGUUUUCAGUUACACCCAUUCUUCAUUUGUUCAGACUUCCUACAAUAAAUAUAUUCACCACUCACUAUAAGCUAAGGAUAAAAAUAUUUUAAGAAUGAAGUGGUCUCUGCAACAAGGCAAAGCAACAUUUUAGAAGACAAGGAAAUUGACUGCUGCAAGAAAUAGCAAACAACAGUUGCAAAUAAUGAUUUGAUAUUAUAGCUGAUAGUGCCAUAUAUUGCUGUAUGUUCUUAAGUUUGGUAAUUUUUGUCACAAAACUGCAAAAUGGAAACUUUGGUUAGCACAGAAACCAGCAGUGACCCUCUGGAAACAUUCUUGGAAGAUCUUGGAUCCCUCCUUUGGAAAAACUUGAAAGAUGGUGACUAUGAAUCGGCUGUUAGAGAGAUAAAAGAAGAAAAGCAUCAAGAAUAUCUCAUAGACAAUAGUCUUGAUGUUGUGCCAAUAAUUAUUAAACUUCUUCAGGAAGACCUUGAGCCUGAAGGAGAAAGAUGUGUAGAAGAUUUACUUGUUCACAUUGCUUCUGUUGCAAAUGUCAGGGAGGCUCUCUUGGUUUUCCUAGAAGAAUUAGAAUUUCACACUUCAGAAAUCCAUUUCCACAUAAUGCUACAACCAGUUCAAACGCUACUUUUGCGUCAAGUAUCCAAAAAUGCUCGUCCAAUGACCUUCUCGUGGGCAUUUGAUACGCUUAAUUCUCGUAUAGCUGCAAUGAAAUUACCACCAAGCUAUAAUCUGGAAGGAAAAGAGAGGAAGCUUUUGGAUGCUCACCCAGAUAUCCAAGCUGUGACCAGUGCUCUGCGUUGGCUUGCAAAUUUUUAUGAGGUUUUCCAUGUUAAAAUAGUGAACGAAGAGCUAAUAUGGACUGGUAAAGUAGUUAAUUCAAGAGAAUAUCUAUCAAGUGUUCUCCUUCAACUUUUUCAUAAGCCAUUCACAUAUUUGGAUGUGUAUUGUGAGAAAGAUGAGGUAGAGCAUUCAUUAUAUCGCACUUGCAGGGACCUUACCACCAUGAUAGCUUCUCUCAUGUGUAAUGUAUAUAAAUUGUUUUCUAAUAUUACUUGGAAUAGUUCAAAGAUACUAGCAACUGAAAUCCAAAAUGAUGAGGAGCAAGAUACAAAAGAGAGAAAUAGAAAUGAAGGUUUAGAGACUAAAGAUGAGCAAGAAAAGAAAGAUGAAAUUUCUCAACUAUCAUUGGCUACUUUUCUUUACUGUGUUUUGGGUCAAGACAUGGGUGUUGAUUAUGUACCUUGUGUAUAUGCUCAUCAGUAUGUGUUUCUCACAUGCUUACCUCUCAUAUCUAAUUUGUUGCAGGAGAAAGAACAUAUACCCAUUCACAAAGGUUUAAUACUGGCAAAAGCACUCUUGGAUAAACUUCCACAAAAAUCUCUACCAAGUGAAACUCAUGAAGCUAAAGCCCAUUCUAUUUUUCCUCGGCUAUUGAUAGGCAUUAUGACAUUUUGCGAUAAUCGAAAGCUAGGAAGUAUGGCUCUGGAUGUAUUCCAGAUGCAUAUUCGUAAGUUUGACAGCAUUGGCCGAAGGAAGCUUAUUCAAUCUCUCCUUUUAUCAGUAAAACAUUCUGGGGUUUUAAGUUUAGUUAUUCAUGAGCUUAAGGAAAAUAUUGCAUGCUCACUAAAUAAAGAAAUGUUGGAUCCUAAUUUUAGUGGGAAACAGUUAAGAAACCUUGUUCAGCUAGCAUGUUCUCUCCCAGAUGCUGAAAAAACAGACAUGCUGGAGUGGAGUGAUUGUAUCAUGGCAGCCUUGAAUCUUCUCAUUUUUCUGUUUCUUCGUGAUCAUGAGAACAAGACUGGCAUUAAAGAAGUGGUACCAGUUCUUCAACAAGGCUAUCUCUCACAGCUUCAGAAAGGUCUUGACUUGUCAAAAGGGCAUUAUGAACUCAAGUUGAAAGAUUUAACUUCGCUUUCCAGGAAGACAAAUCGUAUGGAUAUGAAUGUGUGUGUUGGUAAUACAGUGUUACCCAAUAUGGCUCCUGAUCAAGAAAAAACUAUCGUCCAAACUGCUAUUUGUUCUUUAGAUAUGAUGCAGUGUGUACUAGCAAGAGUUACACAAGCCAUAGAAAAUAAAAUAUGAUGGGUCUUGUAUGUGCCCAUUUUAAUUUAUAGUAUACAGUGCUACAGUAUUACAAGUAUGUAUUGAGUUAAAAAUUUUGUGAUUACUGCACCUAUUUUUCCAACAUUUAUAGUUGCAAGAACAGGACUACUGCUGUGCUCUGGGUUUAUCAAUUUAGUGUGUAUUUUAUUUAAUUUGUUAAGUGUCUAGUGAUUGUAGCACAUCUUACCACUUAUAGGAGUCUUUGGCAGACAAUUUGUGAAGAAAUAAUAAUAAUAUUCAUUUCUCAUGCGUUUACCUCACAAUAAUUGUAGCCUCUUUGUUAUUCCUAUUCGUGGUAAGAAUUCCUCCCUGUUUUCAUCAUUAUCUUGUAUGACAUCAUCAUAUCUUUCUUUCUGUCAGCCAUUGAGGAUAUUUAGUGUUUACAAUCUUUCAUUGUUCUUUUUAGCUCUGAGAAUCAUUUGUGAUAUGUCUUAAGACUUAUUUAAUUUUACUUUAUCUAUACAUUGUGUUUCUUAGGAGUGAACACAAUACUACGGCAGCUUAUUCAUUUUUUUUUUUUAAAUAUUCUCUAGAACUUCAUACUUUAAUAUGGCAUUCCAGAUAAAUUGUGGCUAAUAUUUAUACUUGCAGCAAUUUGGUAACAAAUACAUGUACGGUGGAACCCCGGAUUUCGUCCGGUGCGGAUUUGUACAAUUUGGAUUUCGACCACUUUUUUGGGCGAAAUUUUACCCCGGGUUUCAUACCUUCGCUCGGAAAUCGUCUGUACCAGACGCAUCCGCCUGGGCCGCUCAUGUUUGUGUUACUAUUACGUAAUAAAAAUCACUCUUGGGCACAUUAAAUGUCUUAUUUUAGAUUAAUAUAGACAUUUUCAUUAAUCCAUGUAUGAUAUUUGCUUCAAAAUUACAUAAGAAACACGUUACAUAGCAUAUAAACAUGCCUUUGUUACUCGUUCACUAAGAGUGUCCUUUUAGUCUUAAUGCCAUAGUAAUAAUACUAAUACACCUACCAUCUGACUUACGACCUGCUCGACAUACAACCAUUCGACUUACGACCGUGUUUUCUAUGCCAAAUUUCUAGGAAAUAAACAACUGUUUGUGUUGUACACAA